AUGGUCCGUAGGAUUGACUCAGUUUCUCCCCAAAAGAAUUUGAGACGAUCUGGACGGGAUAGGUCUACAAUUUAUCGAAGUUUGGAGGAAAAUGGUUUAUGUGACCAUGUUUUCAACUCUCAGAUCGAGAAACUUGUAGGCCGAGCCAAUGAACUCAGAGAAAGGGAAUUAAAUACUCAUACUAAACCAGGUUACACACGAGGAGGGCGUAAAAUUCUUCGUUAUGCAGAAUCAGAAGAUGAUUUCGGAAUAAGUGAUGAAGAAGAAAGAAUAAUACCAAGACGUUCAAGUCACAGAUUAACACGCAGUGAUAACACAACUAUUAAUGAUAUAAACGAUGAAAAUGUAACGUCAUCUGAGCUCAGGCGAAAUCCUAAGAGAAGAAAGAUUAUUGAAGAAGAUGAUAAUGAUUUGGAUAAUCAGUUAAGUAAUGAUGGGUCCACUAUUUAUGAUCGUGUCAAAAGAAACAGGCAGUCAGAGACUAAUAGCCCGAAGAUGAGAGCCAGCUCUAGCUCGGAUUUGAAAGCUAGUAUUGUGUCUCCAAGAACACAAAGACAGGAAAGACGAGAAAAGCGUGAAAUUACAGCAAUUGAUAAAGAAGAAGGAGAUCAAGAGGACGAUCAACCUACCCCAGAAAAGUCCAAAAAUGAUGAAGAGGAACCUAUUUUGGAGAGUAGUGAGGAUGAAGGUCCUCGCCAAUAUUCACUUCGAACAAGACGGAAUCCUGUUGAGCGUUAUGCUGUUGAAGUCAAUCGAUCUGAGCAAAGAAGUUCCCGGUUCCGUGAUGAUCGCUAUAGAAUCAAAGACAGAAACCAUCGUCAAAAUAAGAUGAGACGUGAUUAUAAAAGAAGAAUAUGUCGAAGUGACUCUUCCUCCACAGGAGAUGAAGAUGAUCGUGAGUUCAGACAAUCACGUGUAGAUGAUGAACGAUUCGCAAUAAGGAAGGAAAUCAGUAUGAUGAAAGCCCGGAAUCGUCUUGUACCUGUAAAUUUAACCGAAAAAGAUCUUUCAUCCUCUCAUGGGGUUAUAAGAGAACGAUUACGUCAAACAGGAGCUUCUUGUAGUGAUAUCGAUCCUAUGGGAAUUGACAAAAAUGUUUCAUUUGAACAGGUUGGGGGUUUGGGUCAUCAUAUUCAGUCGCUGAAAGAAGUUGUACUCUUCCCCUUGCUUUACCCUGAUGUUUUCAAGAAAUUCGACAUUGCUCCCCCCAAAGGCGUUGUUUUUUACGGACCUCCUGGUACAGGAAAAACAUUGGUUGCUCGGGCUCUAGCAAAUGAGUGCAGUCGCGGUGAUCGGAAGGUUGCCUUUUUCAUGAGAAAGGGUGCUGAUUGUUUGAGUAAAUGGGUAGGAGAAUCAGAAAGACAAUUGAGAAUUUUGUUUGAUCAAGCUUACGCAAUGAGGCCCUCAAUAAUAUUUUUUGAUGAAAUUGAUGGACUAGCUCCCGUGAGAUCAUCUAGGCAAGAUCAAAUUCAUGCCAGUAUUGUGAGCACUUUGUUGGCUUUGAUGGAUGGACUUGAUAACAGAGGAGAAGUGGUGGUUAUUGGAGCAACGAACAGAUUAGACACGCUUGAUCCUGCUCUACGCCGUCCCGGACGUUUUGAUCGAGAGUUGAAGUUUUCACUUCCCGACGUUUCUGCCAGAAAGCAAAUCCUCAAUAUCCAUACUUCAAAAUGGGGAACUAAUCAACCGAGUCAGGAAGAUAUUGAUUUGGUGGCUAAUAAUACAAGCGGUUAUUGUGGUGCUGAUUUGAAGUAUCUAUGUACGGAAGCUGUUUUAAUUUCUCUUCGUAGUCGAUAUCCUCAUAUCUACAUGUCGAGCGAACGUUUGAAGCUAGAUUUGGAAUCUAUUAAAGUUGGCAAGGAUCACAUACUCAAGGCAAUGAAACGUAUCACCCCAGCAUCCCGUAGAGAUCUAUCUAUUCCUUCUCGUCCUCUAGAUGAUAGAACGUCUAUUCUACUCACUCCUGUUCUGAAUCUGCUUUUAUCCUCGCAAAUUCCUACGGGAUAUCAAAGAUCUCAGUCUAUCAAUGCAAUUAGCUCGAACGAACUUGAGAAAAUAGUGAGAGCUUUGGAAGAACCUCCCGCUGUGCCUGCAGUCCGCUUGUUACUUUGUGGCUCGGAGAACUAUUCAAAUUGCGGACAAUCGUCUCAUGUAUUGCCUUCGCUUCUCGGGCGUCUUGAUCACUUACCUGUGUACUCCCUUUCUGUUGGUAAAUUGUUCCAAGAUGGACAUCCUGAGGAGGCUUUUACUAACACAGUACAGUCUGUGAUUAGAGCCGCAAGCUCCGGCCCAUGUAUCAUCCUGCUCCCUUGUAUUGACCAGUGGUACAAUGUAGUUCCAUUGAGUGUUUCUCACAUGCUUAAAAGUGCUGUCGAUCAGCUUUCGGGUUUCACGGGUGUUAUGCUCUUAGCCACAACUGAGUGUUCAUACGUUUCCUGUCAAACUGAAGUUCGUCAAAUCUUCAGAAUCAACAAUUGUCUUGAAAUUGAAUCACCGGACGAUAAAACGCGACGCAAGUAUUUCGAACAUCUCACUACCCCAGCAUUUGAAGAGCCUGUAGAAUUUGAUAGUACCAAGUAUGUUGAGCCAGAAAAAGCAACUCAUGAGGAUGGUCCGGCGAGAAAGUUGGGCGGCAAUGAAGCAAAAGAACUGGAAAAACUUUAUAGUAACCAGUUGCGUGAAUUCCGCAUCUUCUUGCGUGAUCAAUUAGGACGUCUCGUGCGAGACCGACGUUUCACAGUGUUCGCUGAGCCAGUAGAUGAGGAAGAAGCUGAAGAUUAUUAUACCAUAAUCAAAAGUCCUAUGUGUUUGACCGAUAUGAUGGCAAAAACGGACAGAAGAGAGUAUACUCACCCUGACCAAUUUCUUUCGGAUAUCAACUUGAUUGUAACUAAUGCACUUGAGUAUAAUCCAUCAGAUAAUCUUUAUGGAAAAACUAUACGGCAUAGCGCAGUGGCUCUCAGAGAUAUCGUAGAAGAGUAUUUCGAGAAAGAGUUUGAUGAAGAUUUUGUUGAUAAACUCGAAGAAACUUCUCGUCUCCUCAAAGAAGCUGAAAUCACUCCUGUUAACGACAAGCUUCUCGAUCUACCCAAAGGAUUUGUUCGUGACACUAAAUGGAAUGUAGUUAACUGCUUCAAAAACGUUCGGAAGGGUAUUGUGGCUCAAGCAAACGGAAUCGCAGUUGUCUCAUCAGUUGGUGAGAAAUCUAAUCCAGUUGUUCGAAGACGAGUUGUUGGAAGAAUGGCCAAAUACAGAAGAGCCACCUACUCUUCAUCUCAAAAGAAGAAGAAAUCACAAGCAAUUGUCAAGUCAAUCGCUAUGUCUCUUAGCCAGGGUUCCACUGAGGCAAUAGAUAUAGAUGUUGAGAUUGCAACUAAGCAAGUCGUAAUCGAAGGUUCCGAUAACGAAGAAAAGCCUGAGGUAGAAGCAGCUAUAACGUCAGAAGGGUCGACCCUUCGCGAAGAUGCCGGAGUAGGUUGCGAUGAGACUGAGAACGUUGUAGAUGAAACGAAUGAACACAUGGAUUGCAAUGUAUCUAUCAAACUUGAAUCGAGUCAAGAAACUAACGAUACUUGUACAACGAAUACAGAACCUACUAACUUGCAUCUCGAUGUAGCCUCUGCCACAGAUGAUAUAAAGGUUGUCGAAAUCGACAGAGCUCAGUUGAAUCAUGUUGUGGAUGAAGCUAUCGAAAAAACGCGUUCGUGGCCUAUACCUGACUUAGAAAGAUUAGCCGCUGAGAUGACUCAACUGAUCCACACUUACAAAGACCAAUGGGACCGCACAAUGCUCCCAAUGAAUCUACUCAAGCUAAUAUCCGAUUGGAAGCUGUAA